AUGGCUGCCACCAAAGACUAUUUUUCUCGACUUCCUGUUGAAAUCAAACGUCAGGUGGUCCAAGAAUUUGUCGACGCCAAAUACCUCAGCGAUCAGGGCAUAGAGGAUGUGCCUAUUCCGAUGCACUCGUUGGAAAACUUCCACGGCAUGACAAUGCAGAAGGUUGGUCCACCAAAGCUAGGCAAGUACGCUGCUCUUGCAUCAGAUUGGAAACCUCUCAUCGAAGAGCACACCUUUAAAACCAUCCCCUUCGUCUCUGACACGAUGGAGGAAGCCAGAUCCGUCAUGUCUACUGAUCGAUGCGGCCAUGUUCGCCAUGUUCGGUUGAUAUUCAAGCUGCCUGAACACUUCCGCUCUGAUCAGCAGGCGGACCAGACAAGCUACUUGCCGCGCAGCAAGCAGAGAGAGCUCAACGAGGCAUUCACCAUGUUUAUUCAACAAUCCUUUGAUAUCUUGUCCAACUCUGGGUUUAAAGAUGCCUCUGUUGCACUGGAACUAGUGGUGGAAGAAUUCGGACCCGUCUGGCGAACAGACUGCUCGCACUUUGAAUACUUGCGCGCUGAAGAACACAAUGACGGCGAUUUGGGCAUUUAUCUCACCCUCGGGAAUGUUGUUUUGCCUCAACUUGACUGCAUUUUCAGGGUCGAGACCAUGGGAGUCCGCACCCGCAUCUGCAUCUACCCGGCGUCUGCUGUCGCUAUUGCAUCCCAGUGCCCCAUGGUUGAGGGUGCCCAUCUUUACAUGUACGAUUAUUCCUUUGACACCAAGCACCGUAUCAAGAUGCGAAAAGACCUCGCAGCCAGCCUCGACACCCUCCCAGAUACUCUACAAAGCUUUACAUGCAACCUUUCGCUCAUGCAACGAAUGGGCAGCGGCAAACAAGUAGCCAACGUCACCUCCCCAGAUCCCCUAAACGACGUUCUAUCUCUGGCAGUGUACAAAGUUAGUCUCAAGCCCCGGCUUCAAUCCUACGCCGUCCUGGGCAGCUUUGAGCUGUGUGUCAUUGGCCCUGAGUCGGCAGCAGACGACUCCCCCAUUCGGCCUUGCCUGAAGACAUGGUCCGUCCAGAUGCUUAACCAGACUCCCUCUGGACAGUUUCUAAGAACCGGCCUCAAGCGGAGCUUUGUCUCCAACAUUAUGGUGAUUACCACAGCGGAUCCCGGCCAAGUUCCCGAGGUGGACAAGUCACGCUAUGCCCCAGCCCCCAUCCUGCGACGAACAGCAGUCGCUGCAGCCAAGAUGCCAAAACUAGAAAGGAUGAACUAUAUUGGCAUGGUUAGGGUGCAGUACCUGCCUAAGAGCCAGACCUUGAUACGACUCGACCAAAACCCAUGUUACAAGCUUGAUGAGAAGACAAAGAAGCGUUGGCAAACGGCAGUCUGCGCCCAUUCAGGCCCGUCCGCCACGCUCCGAAUUGAGGGCGAUCAGGGCGAACCAGAGGAACCCACUGAGAACGGCCCGCCGAACAUGGCCGCAACUAUCGCCGAAAUGGUCGCAGGUAUCAGUCAGGGUCAGGGCUCUGGCCUUCCGACCCCCUUUGGUCCUCCUGGCAAUCCUUACAAUGUCCAUGUUCUACCCCCAGGAUCGCCAGACGACCUCAUGAAGAUGCUUGGAAUUUUUUGA